AUGGAGCCAGAAAUAUUAAACAAGUUAAUGUUAAAGAACAAAAUCAAUUAUGAUUUGGUGAAUCCAGAAUAUGACGAAUGGCUGAUUACAGGAGCUUUGGAUACGGAAUCAGUUGAAUUAAUCAAACACUUUACAAGUUUAAAUAGCCUAGAGCGCGUUGAAAUGGUUAAAAAAGACAAUUUGAUACUGAAAAUACUUUUAAACGCGACCUACGCCACAGGCCCUGGACUAUUACGCCUUUACUCACUCCAACACAUACAUGAUAUAUGUCGAAUUGAUAAUCAUAUUUAUAAUAUUUUAUUGGAAAUUUUAAAUCAUCGCGAUGUUUACUCAAUCUACUACGAUAUAAUUACACACGAAAAGGACAAAAAAAUCAUACAAAUUAUUCUUUAUCUACUAACUGGAUUUAUAGCAUAUAAUAAAAAUAAUAUUUUUAAUAAUGAAGAAAUCGAUAAUAUAAUAAAUUUAAUUUUAAAAUUGACCAUCAACGAUUACUCUAAACUGUAUUCCCUUUCCAACAUAUUACAACUGAGCAAGUACCACGUGCUUAUCGAAAAUGAAAGCGUAUUAACACUGAUAAAGAACAACUUGGAUAAGGAAAUAUUACCUAAUUCCCAAUAUAAAGCCAUUUUCUGCCUAUGGCUAGUUUCGAGAACUAACAAGUACAUUGAAUACUUUUAUCAACAAAAAGUCAUCCACUUGUUAUGCAAUAUUUUAUCAACCACCAAAAUCGAGAAGAUAAUAAGAAUAAGUUUAUUGCUGUUCAAGAAUUUGUUGAAUAAUAUUAACUGUCUGCAAGUGAUUGUGGAGUAUAACAUUAUAAAUUCUCUGACACUUCUUUUGUAUGAUAAAUGGAACGAUACUGAGUUGUACGAUAAUUUACAAAAGCUACUCGUCCAAUUGGAAAAUAAAUUAAUCAAAUUCAGUAACUAUGAGCGCUAUUGUAACGAGUUAAAUAACGGGAUAUUGAAAUGGUCUAUACUACACUCAGGUAAUAUCAUCAUUUUAACUUGUUUAGAGAAGUUUUGGAUGUUGCAUAACGAAAAAUUCGAACAGGACGAAUUUAUAAAUAUAUCCAAACUUAUCAACUUACUCUACACUUCAGAUGAUUCAACUACCAUUUCAAUUGUACUUUACGAUCUAGGUGAAUUUUUCAGAUUAUACCGAAAUAGCAAAAACAUUUGUAAAAAGUUCAAAGUUAAGGACAAAAUUUUGGAUUUAAUCACCAAUAAAAAUCGAGACAUUUCACGCCAAGCAAUGCUCUGCAUCCAGAAACUCAUGGUCCAAAACUGGCAACAAGUUAACAACACCAAUAAUCAAUUUUAA